AUGGCGGACUCGUCACUCGUCGGAAUAUCCGGCCGCCUCUCAUUUAAAGAUGGGGGCGCUGAUCCUGACAAGAGCAUGGUGUUACAACGCAUUCAAGGAGGAAAAAGGGUGAAUGUCGGUUAUGUUACACAGGCGACUAAUACCAAGCAAAUAAAUUGGCUGAAAGGAGUAUUGAAAUGGAAAGACAACAAAAUACCACGUGACUCUACAUACGUGACCUACCGAGAGAUCACCAUCCCUCCAGUAAUGUACAUAACCUUGUGCACCUUGGCAGCCUGUGGGAUUAUCCUGGCUCUCUCCUUGUUUGGGUUCAACAUUGUGUUCAGGAGCAACAGAUCAGUGAAGAUGUCCUCUCCGAACAUUAACAACAUGUUACUGUUUGGAUGUAUGAUGUGCUACUCAACUGUCUUUCUCAAACCGACAGAGACGACGUAUGGAGCAGUUUGCAAGGCUCGCGUCUGCCUCUUCUGUAUCGGGUUUACAGUGACAUUUGGUGCGCUAUUCACUAAAACAUGGCGAGUUCACAGAAUUUUCACCAACAAAAAACUUAAAAUGGUAAGAACAAUUAAAGACUACCAACUUCUUGCAAUAAUCGGUAUCCUAGUUGCUGUGAUUUCCGGCGUCCUUAUUGCAUGGGAGGCAGUUGGGCCGCAUUCGGUGGUAGUGCAGUACCUAGAAAAAGAGGUGCAUAUGGAAGGAAACGACGCUGAAAUUCGACCGUUUGUGCGCAUGUGCAGGUCUGAUUAUUCGGUGUACUUCGGCUGGGCCAUCUACAUUAUAGAGGGCGCCCUUCUGUCGUUUGGAGCAUUCCUUGCCUGGGAAACACGACACGUAAAGAUCGAGGCCCUGAACGACUCUCAACAGAUUGGCCUCUGUCUGUACAACGUGGUCGUCCUGAGCGCGGUUGGCCUCACCUUGUCUCUUCUCCUGGAGAAUGAGGUUGUCAUGCUGUAUGGGAUCACGUCCGGAUGUAUCAUCAUUGGAACUACAGUCACACAGCUUGUGGUAUUUCUACCAAAGAUACAUGCUGUUCACUCAAAGGUUGAAACUGCAGUACAAAAUAACGGCGCCAUGUUCAAAUCAAAUACCAGAUCAGGGCCGGCAACCAACACUAAGGCUACGGAUGACCAUACAUCGGAUAAACACUAA